AUGUUUAAAAAAGGUUUAGAUGUUUUAAGUAAAACAAAGAAUGCUGCAGUCUCAUCAAUGACUGAAUUAGAGACAGAAUCAGAUGAAGUUCAAAAUGCUAAAGUUGCAUUAAAAAAUAUGAAAUGGAGUAUUAAAUUAUUAAUUCAAUUAGCCAAAAAUUAUUUUGCAACAUCAGAUAAACAAGUUCAACAAGGUACUGCCUUUUCAGUAAUUUUACAAAGAUUUAGUGAAAAGAUUUCACAUACAAAUUAUAUUAUAAAUCAAACAUUACCAUUAUCAGACUCAUUAAGAGAAGUUGGUGAAGGUAUUAAAAACUCUUCAACUUAUUUCCAACAAUAUACUCAAAUCUUUUGUGAUAAAUUUGCCACAAACAUUGAAGCUCUUUACGUUGGUCAUGUUAAAAAAGUCGCUACUUUAGAGAAACAACAAGAGGAGAGUAGAAUCAAAUAUAACAAUGCUCUCAACUAUUUGAAAUCAACUCAAAAAUCUGGACAUACCGGUACAAAAUUAGCAGAGAAAACAACUGAAUAUGAAAAUGCUAAAGCCUAUUAUGAACAAAUCUCCCUCAAUUUAAUAUCUGCCACAAAUGAUAUGGUAAACUAUGUUCAAAGAGAAGUUGCCGUUCAAAUGAAACAAUUUGUUGCUGAGCAACAAUUAAUGGUUCAAGAAUGUAUUAAAAUGUGGGUUAUUGCUGAAAAUAAACUCUUUAAUUCUCAAUCACCAGUUAACACCACCUCCACCACCUCUCCAAAUACCUAUGGAGAUUACAAUAACAAUGCCAAUACAGUUAAUCUUUCAAAAUUAUCUUUAGAUAAAGAAGAACAACCACCACAACCAUAUCAACCACCACAACAACAUUCACCACCACAACAAACUUUCCAUCAAUCACCACCAACCGAUUUCUCUUCACAACAUCAACAAUAUUCCUUUGAUCAAUCUUCUCCACAAGAAACUUAUCAACCACCACAACAACAACAACCUGAAGGUCAAAAAUCACCAAAUCCAUUUGAUGAUAAAAAUCCAUUUGAUAAUUAA